AAGAAUGCUUGAAAUACACUUCGUUCUUGGGAUGAACCUAAUGGAGUAACCCUAUGGGCAGAGUGAUGGCUCGCUAACAUCGUUGUUUCGCGGUUAUCGAACUCGGAGGAUCACAAGCUAUGCCGCAAUCUGAUACUAUUUCGCUAUGUUCCUGUCCCGCCAGUUCUCAUCCCACCAGUUUCGGAUAGACUGGAUAGAGGAGACUGUUUCGACGGUGAUUCGGGUGGUAUCAAAGAAGGUUGGAUGCACGAAGCAACAUGUUGGACCUGGCGGGAGCGGCAAUGGGCAAAAUAGCUCGGUUGGCAUGAAGAACCCACAGCGGAAGACAAGUACGGACAGCUAGAGUCGAAACCUUGGGCUGCUGGUAUAUGUAGUCUUAUUGCACAUAACCCCAACCGCUACCAGUUUCAGUGAAUUACAACACAUC